AUGGGCGUUGCAGAGGCUUGGACGCUCCUCUCGCUGGGGCUUGUUGUCAUUUCGCUACGCAUCUAUGUACGGUGGACGCAGGUUGGGCCGUCCAAAUGGCAGCUAGACGAUUACUUGAUGCCUUUGACAGGAUUAGUUUUCACGCUCGAGACUGUUGCAGCAUAUCUCGUAGGAGCCUUGUACGGGGGUUUAACAAAUAGCUACAUGACGGAUGAAGAACGCGCCAACCUCGAUCCGAACUCUCGAGAAUACUACAAUCGUCAAAUGGGCUCAAAAGUCCAGAUAAUUGGCUGGUCAUUUUAUGCUUGCAUUCUGUGGCUGCUCAAAUUUUCCAUUGCAAUCUUCUACUCAAGGUUGACAAACGGGUUAGUGCAUCUACGACUGCGAGUGCGCAUUGCCUACGGUCUGCUUGGGGUGACGUACCUUGGUGUGGCAUUGUCACUUCUACUCGGUUGUCAGCCGAUGUCUAAAUACUGGCAGAUAUACCCAAAUCCCGGCAACCUCUGCCAGCCAACCAUAUCGAAGCUAUAUGUGCUGGUUGUUCUGAUUCCAAACGUUAUCACGGACAUGUACUUACUAUCAAUCCCAUUGCCGUUGUUAUGGACUGUCAACAUUGGUAUGCGCAGGAAGCUCUCGUUGAUGCUCUUAUUUUCUGGUGCUAUAUUCGUCAUGAUGGCUGGGACAAUUCGUGCUGUUGUCAUUCUAUCGUCCGGGCCUGAAGGUGCAGUCACUGGAAGCGAAUGGGCGUGCCGCGAAACGUUCGUGGCAAUUGUCGUGGCCAAUCUGCCCAUACUCCAACCUCUCAUCCGACAAGGCGCUAGUAAAAUAGGACUCAGCGGUUUGUUCAGUAGAACGACGAAAAUGGGCCAAAGUCAUCCACUGGGCAGUCAAGAGCGCAACGGUGAUGCGUACGAAAUCGGUAACCGACGCAACUCACAAUCGCGCCAAGUUUCACGAAACACACGAUGGGGUAGCACCGAUCACAUCCUGCGGACAGAGACUGCUAGUGGUAAUCCAAAAUUACAUGCCACUCAAGCAAGCAAAGAUAUCGUGAUCGCCCAUGAGGUAUCGAUCACGCAUGAGAUGACGCAUUCGAAAAGCGCGAAAGGCACUGACAAGGGUGGUGAAUUAGGCCAUCGUUCUUCGGCAAGGGCAGUGAUGAAAUGA